AAUUUUUGAACUUGGAAGCUAGUGAUUCAGAUUCUGAGGAUGAAGAUUAGUCUGAUCAGGGUUAUGAGCCAUCUGAUAUGGAGCUUGAAUCUGAGUCAGAGGAUGAUGACUCUGAUAGUGCAUCACUGGUUGAAUCUGAGGAUGAAGAGGAAGAAGAUUCUGAGGAAGACUCAGAAGAAGAGAAGGGGAAAACAUGGGAGGGGUUGGAGAGGGAAGCAAGCAAUGCAGACAGGGAGAAAGGGAAUGAAUCAGAUAGUGAGGAGGAUAGGAGGAGAAAGAAAAUGAAGGCCUUUGGGAAAUCUCGAGCUCCUCCUAGUAGUGCUAUUCCCAAACCUUCUAAGCUCCGAUAGAUGUGAUAGUAUUCCUUUUAA